CGGCCUUCCUUUUCCUUUCAUGCUUCCAUCGCACUAUGGUGAGCUUGUAGUGGCCAUCAAAAAUGGGAAGAAAUAAUUCGGCUGGCCCGGGCCCAGCCCGUGGCAACCAUGCCAAGGACAGGCACAAGAAAGACCGCAGAGGCAACCUCAUUGACUGGAAUGCGCCCAUGCCAGAAGGCCUCGUUGCCAGACGUGAUAACCCGAAGCUCACGUCGAAACACAGGUCCUACUUUGAGUUCAUCGAGAAUACGAACAAGAAGAAGCCAAUCGACCUCAAGGUAACGUGAUGGGGGUAGCGCGCCUUCAUUUGCCCUAUCCUACCCUCCCUCCUAAAAUCAUCUCGGCCGUCGUUCUGGUUGCUAACUCACAUGUGGCAGGUAACGAACGAUGAAGUCGCGCCGCCCGGCUUCGAGUUCGUGCCCAUCGGCAAUCCCAGAUUGAUCGAGGAGUGUAAAGAGCUUUGUCGCGAAAUGGAUGCUAUGAUCUUCGUUGUGACGCAACAUUACGGUCCCGUGAAACCCGGCCUUGAAACGUCAAUCGGUGAACAAGUCAAUCGGAUUGGUUAUCAUUUUCGCCAGUCCAUCGUUGACCAGGCACGCGAGCUUCUUGGGCCUGACGAAAUUCUCGGCAUGACUUGGAGCGGCCCUGAACCUAUCCUAGAAAGGCAAGAGGAUAUCAACAAACAAGCUGAUGCAGCAAUAAGGGAACUUUUUCCGCGCAUACCAAACACGGAUCGCGAAAUGAUCAUUCAGAGAUCGUUCAACAAGGCAAAUUGCAGGAGAGGAAAAGAGCCACCAGUCGGGUUGGCGGAGGGAGUUCCCCUCACCAGGCGCGUCCAUCUUGCCGUUUCUGCCCAUAUCCGGCAUACUCACACCAGAUACGACGAGCUGCUGAAGCAGACAACCUGGGUGAAUUCCAGAAGGGCGGUUGAGCAACUCUGCCUCGAUUUCCUUCUCAAGUGGCGAGGCGACGAGGAAUCAGGCCGUGACCAGCUUGACGAGAUUCUCCGCGAGGUUAUUGUCAUCUCGGACUCGGAAAGCGAUAGCGACGACGACGACGACGACGAGCUACCCGACGCCCACCCAGCAGUGGUGUUGGGCGAUGCAUCCAUCGAGGUUAAGAACCGCUCCUCUGUUGGUCAGACCGCGACUUCGGUAAGUACCCCAAAUGCCGGCGGGAAUAGUGGCCCGCACGGCGGGGAUCCCCGCAUCAAGGUUAAGGACCUUUCCUCGGCCGAACAGACCACCCCCUCUCCCGUACAAGCACCCUGGAUUCGCUUUCCAUUACCACUUCCCUCACCCCGGAGCGCCUACCCUUUUGCCUCUUUAGGUGAGCCAAGCCGUGAGGAUGGGCGCACGGUUGCAAGCCUCAUAUCAACUCUGCACCUGAGCGGAGAUGGCGGCCAAUCUGGCCUUGCGUACGCGGCACGCAAGGCCAGAAAAGACGCGCGCAGGGAGCGUAGUGAAAAAAAGAAAGCCCAAAAAGGCUUCGGGCGGUACAAAGCUGCUUAUGAGCAGGCUAUGGAGCGCAAGCGGCUUGAAGAGAACGAGCAAGCUCGAUCCUCUAACCAUACGGCCAUGGCCAGGUCGGCGAGUCAUGCGUCUCAGUCCUGGAGACGUGCCGAGUCCGAACGUGCAAGUUCUGAGCUGCAGGGAGUUCAGAGAGUGGGAGACCACUCCCGACUUGAUGCGUACAAUAGCCCCCUCCAGCCCUUGGAGGUCCGUCGUGGAAAUCCAGAGCUUCCAGGCUACGGCGACGCAUCACAGCAAACCGCUGAUUUAAGGCUUUACCGCUUCCCGCAUGAGAGCCGUGCCCAAGAAACUCAGUCGAGCAAUGGGUUCAGACCUAUAGUUGGGUCUCAGAAUACCUUCCAAACUGGUAUCCAAGUUGAACAGCCGAAGCAGUUCAGCCAGGAGGAUUUGAAAGACCAUCUUGUUAGAUCUGUCGAGCCGUCGUCUCCUGCAUUGCCCAACUUCCCUUCAUGGUCGGUGGCUCAGCCUUGCCAGGCAGAACCCGUCCCUCGCGGAUUUUCCGCUUCUGCCGAAGUUGUUUCGUAUCCUCGAAGGGGUUUCACGCGACAUGGAGAGGUCGAUACAGCGCGAGCCUAUCAUACGAUUCAGGGCCAAGACGGCUUUGUGACGCUCCCUCCCAGGACUCAAAACCUCCCUGCAGCGGUUCCUCAGGCUCAUGGCGUGGAUAGAGGCUACACUCCUCUCUCUCGCUCGGGCGCCCUUGAUACGCAUCCUUUGCCGGCGUACUACGACGAUAUGGAAAAUCCUGAGAGAAGACCCAUUCUCCGAUCAGAGUUCCGGCCCGCCUGGUCCGAAGAAAGCUUCAUUGUUGAUGCUGGAAACCGGUCAAUCUUGAUUUCGGACACCAACGUACGACAAAGGGAGUCGAUGACUAACGCGUCCCAUAAUCCCCAUCCAAGCCACGCACAAACCCUCAGAACAUCUACCGGUGGCUUCCACCAACUGGCUCCUGUGUAUGUUGCUGACCGUACUCAACAGUAUUCCCGUGCUGGGGGCAACGGAAACGCCGACAGUCAUCUAGAUGACUGUGUUGAAUUCGUCCGAGUGUCAGACAAAUUUCCCCGGCGCUAUGAGCCGCAGCCACCUCGACAGGAUGGGGAGACGUACGAGAUUCGACAAGUAUCCCUAGUGGAUUCAGAGAGGUACGAGGCCCGACCAGGACCUGUGCGCUACGAACCGCAAUCACUGCGGGUGGAUGCAGAGGUGUACGAGUUCCAACCGGGAGCUCAACGUCGCGAGCCGUACCGGGUGGAUGACAGAGCCGCCGACUCGCCAUCUGGAGUUGCCCGUCACUCACUUUCGCAAGCCGUGGAACUGAGACGCCCUGAAUAUAGACAAGGGCGGAUGUCCCCUAUUCCGAGGCAAAUAGACGGCUAUUCGUCAAAUAUCCAGCGCCGGGAGCGUGUGGUGGGAAUCGAAUAUGUUUCAUUGCAAGCCCACCAAGCACCCGCAUAUGUGGACAGCGCUUAUGGGGAAGAGGGCUGGGUUUAUCGGCCCCUUACGUCUUCCGUUGCAGCAGGUCCGUAUCCCGCGGAAUACCAAAAACGCCCCAAUCCUCCACCCACGGGAUCGGAUGAAGUCAUAAUCCUUGACUGAAGGACUUCUUCCGAUCUUGAACUUUGUACACCAUUUUAUUCGGCCCCACGCGAGCUUUCUUAUAUGAAUACUCGAGGAGUAAAUUUUUGGUGUUGUAUAUACAGGGCGUGCGAUUCCACGGAAUUCGCCUUGCAUUGGUUUGUGGUUGGAGUACCGGCUGAGAAAAGGAAUGAGCAAGGCG